GUGGCCUAAUCACGCGCUCAAUGUGUCGGCUUCUCUGAAGUCCGAGCUGUGCUGUAAACCCAUGGACGACGUCAGCAACGGCGAGAAGGCUCUUCCAUCGGGAGAGAUGAAGAGCGUGAACGACGAACCACGACGCGAGCUCUCCACCAUCCACCGACUGCGCAGGGCGAACCUUUUCCCGUGGAUUCCUGCCCGCUACGCGCUGGCGAUCAUCAGUUUCCUGGGGCUCUUCAACGUCUACGCCCUUAGAGUAAACCUCAGCGUUGCUAUCGUGCAAAUGGACAACAGCACGGCGCAGCAGUACCGUCACGGGGCUCGUACAUUCAAAUGGAGUGACGAAGAAGAAGGGUGGAUCCUAGCAGCUUUCUUCUACGGCUAUGCCCUGACGCAAAUCCCUGGCGGGUGGCUGGCCACAAGAUUCGGCGGGAAGUGGGUGUUUGGUGUGGGUGUCGUCAUGACGUCGGUGUUCACCCUCUUCACCCCGCUAGCCGCCCUGUCCAGUGUCGAGCUCCUCAUCGUUGUUAGAGUCCUGGAGGGUUUCUUUGAGGGGGUUACUUUUCCAGCCAUGCUUGCAAUGUGGGGUCAGUGGGCCCCUCCAAAGGAACGGACUAGACUGGCAACCAUCAGCUUUUCAGGUCCCUAUGUGGGGAAUGUGCUGUCGUUCCCUCUCUCUGCUCUUCUCUGUGAAUACGGCUUUGAUGGUGGCUGGCCUUCCGUCUUCUAUGUCUUCGGAUCUGUAGGGGUGGUUUGGUUCAUAUUCUGGGUGCUGCUGGCCCACAGUACACCGGCAGACCACCCAAGGAUAUCAUCUGACGAGAGAAACUACAUCGAGAGGUCCUUGGACUCGGAAAACACGAGAACUAAGGAUAGAGCAAAGACACCUUGGUUUCAAAUCCUGACAUCACCGCCCGUGUGGGGACUAAUGAUCGUUUACUUCUGCACCAACUGGGGCUUCUACACCCUCCUGACAUGCAUCCCCAUAUUCUUAAAACAGACGCUUGGAUGCAACAAUAACAUUCCUAUUGUUCUGAAUGGGAUAUAUUCCUCCAUUCCCUACGUGUUCCUCUCUCUCUCCACUCUGCUGUCUGGACCACUGGCUGACUACAUCAGAUCUCACUGGCUUUCCACCGGCGUCACUAGAAAGUUGAUGGAUAUCGUUGGUGAGUAAGUAAUCAAGAUAAUAAUUAUACCUUGGUUUUUCUAAACUGUGGGGAGGGAGGAUUGGCAGGGGCAAUAAAAUUUUCAAGUGGAGAGUACUUCAAGCUAUGAUGUCUUCAGCCUUCUUUCUUCUCAUGUGCGGCUACUUUGGCGACUCCAUUCCCAUGGUGAUUACAUUCCUGGCCGUUUCCGUGGGAAUGGGCGGAUUUGUCGCCGGCGGUCACAGCGUGAAUCAACCUCGACAUUGGGGCUUCGUAUGCCGGAAUAUUGAUGGGGAUCACAAACAUGUGCGGAACCAUCCCCGGUUUCAUCGGCCCUCAAGUUGCUAAACUCAUUGCAGCCACGCCAAACGACCCAGAGUGUUCACCCGAGUACAUAUCGACGCUGCGCGAUGAGUGGAGACAGGUCCUGAUCGUAUCCGCGGAGAUACUUGUGACCGGAGCUCUUAUCUUCACCAUCCUCGGCUCCGGGGAGACCCAGCCGUGGGCAAAAUCCCGUGAUGAUGUCAUCACGACAUCACCGCAAAUGGCAGCCGAUAAAGAAGAUGCAGACGAACAGACUCCGUUGUUAACACACACCAACGGACAUGAUCAAUCAAAACAUCCUGUCACGUGAUAUCAUAGCAACAUGUUUGAAUCAUGUAUAUAUACCAUCAUUUGGCAGAUGCAGAAAAUAAUGUAUUAUGCAUUGAGGAACUGUGCUGGUUUGUAGUGCAGAAGUCCCUGGUUCGAUCCUGGCA